AUGGGUUACACCUUGGCAGAGGGUUAUCCUCCCUUCUCGUUCCCAUUGUUUGCCUUGACGACACUCAUUUCUCUCCCUGCCUCAUUAAUAGUCCCCCCAAAUCCAUAUCGGUGGAUCUUGUGGGUAUUCAUCAUCGUCGGCGACGCCUAUCUUGCCUUCACAACCACCCACCACCCUGUCGUCGACUAUUUUCUUGGAUCCGUCUACGCUGGAUCUAUCCUGCUCGGAUCAGACUACAUCCUCCUCACUGAACCUCAGAAGGAGCUACGACUUAAAGGCCAGAAAAGCGCGGUAGACUCUGCACCUCUCUCAGAGCGUCUCCGGUGGGGCAUCAGACUAUGGUCGAGUCCCCGCGGAGUUGGUUGGAUGCAUCAGCCAAAUCGGCUCUGCGCGCCGGUUUCUCCUGAUACCACCCGCUUGGCAUUUAUCCGAAGGUGCCUGUUCGUUGUAGUGCUGAACGUGUUCCUACUCGACGCAGUGUCAAUUUAUAACCGCGCGAAUCCGGCAUUCCUGGGGGAUGGGAUAUCGAUGGCGGAUCGACCUUGGUUGUUGCUCUACGUUGAUCUCCUCGCGUGGGUCUUGACAUCACAGGCGCAGAUGCGGAUCCUGCACGGAAUAGUCAGCAUUGUUUCUGUCCUUUCGAGGCUGUCGGUCCCUCGAGACUGGGUGGACCCGUUUGGAUCGUUGUUGGACGCGUACACACUGAGACGGCUAUGGGGGCGUACCUGGCAUCAGUUUGUAAAUCGGUUCGCUUCUUCUCAUGGAAAAUACCUUGCACGGAGAGUUUUCCGUUUCCCUCCAGGAACGUUGCUGUCGUCUCUGAUACAGCUAUACACCUCAUUCGCAACGUCAGUAUUCCUCCACAUGGUCGCCGAUUUUACCAUGUUCAAACGCUGGAACGUCGGCGGAAGCUUAUGGUUCUUCUCCAUCCAGCCGUUCGCCAUCAUGUGCGAAACUGGAGUUAUAGCUCUUUCUCAGAAGCCUGGCCAUAGCGGUGAUCCGGGGUUAUGGACGCGGCUCAUAGGUUACACAUGGGUUUGGACGUGGUUUGUGUUGACGUUUCCUGGGUGGUUCGAUCCCAUGUCACGAGUUCGGUUCAUGGAGAUAGGUCUGAAUAUGCCAUCUAGCAUUAUUCUUGGGUUGUGGAAAGGUGAGUGGUGGCAGGGAGAUGUGUAG